UCUAAUGAAUUUUAUAAAUCCGACAAACUUGAUGAAUCUAAUAAACCGGAUAGAUUUGGUGAGCCCGAUAAAUCUAAUGAAAAAUCACAAAUAAUUAGUGAAUUUAUGGCUGCUGAUAUGAAAAUCCCAGAGCUUUCAAAAAAUUUGAAAGAUUUGAAAGAACACUCUGAAUAUCGAUAUACAAGUAAAUUAAUUAAUACGGAUGAAAUUGCUCAGCAAUAUAGAAAAAGAAACAACCCGUUUGACAUAUAUGGUUCCAUUCCUGUUACUAUUGCUGAAAUUCCAGUCAACAUAAUAGGUAGUCAUGGAUUGAAAAAACGGAAAUUUGGUCAGGAAUCAUAUGUUACAUGCAAUUAG